UAUCAAAGUAAUUAUAAUUUCAUGCCAGUGUAAAGCCCUCUUCUACUGCAUCCCGUCCUUGCCCCUGUCCUUGUGUUGUAUGAUAUCUGGGAAACGUUUCUCUCCUUCAGCUGGAUUCUGAGGAAGGCUUGGCAUUCGAUCUGGUUUCCCUUUAAGCAUCGAGCGAGGGCAUCACUGCAUUUAAGCUGAGGGUGGGGAGGGGAAGAGAUCACCCUAUCGCCAUCGUCAUCUUGAGUCGCAGCAGCAGUCACAUUGCGUGGCGGAGUAGGAAGAAGCGAUGGGAGGGCUGUGGUGUGCGUGGGGAGGAGGGCUCCCGUCUCAGCGCAAGCCCAGCUGAUUUCCCUGUCACUUGUAGAAAUGGUCACCAACCGAGCAUUCUCCCUGGAAAUGGAGCUUCUCCCACCUAGCUGGCUGGCUGGCUCUGCUCUGCGUCCUUCAUCAGCUUAAGUCUAAGCAGAUUCACUGGAUGCCAGCAUGGCAGCAUUGAACCUGGAGAACCAGUUGCAUAGUGCUCAGAAAAACCUGCUCUUUCUCCAGCGGCAGCAUGCCGACACACUCAAGGGCCUGCAUGCUGAGAUUCGACGCCUGCAGCAGCACUGUACAGAUCUGACAUAUGAGUUGACGCUCAAAAGUUCAGACUUAACAGAAAAUGGAACCUCAAGAAGUGAAGAGCUCAAAAGAAAAUGUGAAGAGCUUGAGGCCCAGCUUAAAGUGAAAGAGGCGGAAAACAAUGAGUUGUUAAAAGAACUGGAGCAAAAAAAUGCAAUGAUAAUGGUGCUUGAAAACACCAUCAAGGAAAGGGAGAAGAAAUAUUUGGAAGAGUUAAAGAUGAAAAGUCAUAAGUUAAACAUGCUGUCGAGCGAACUGGAGCAGCGGGCGAGCACCAUUGCGUACCUCACCUCGCAACUGCAUGCGACAAAGAAAAAGCUCAUGAGUUCCAGCGGGACUUCAGACAGCUCCCCAUCUGGAAGCCCAGUGCUGUCCAACUACAAACCGGCGCCUCCCAAAGAUAAGCAUUCAGACACUCCGCGACGUCGGAUGAAGAAGAGCCUGUCCACUCCACUCAACCCGGAAUUCGAAGAGGCCUACCGGUUGGGAUCAGAUAACCGCAAGCUGCUCUUACGGGAGCCUGUGGAUGCUAUGCCUGAUCCCACUCCCUUUUUGCUGGCUAGGGAAACCACCGAGAUCCACCUUAUCAAAGAGAGGCCUUUAGUCAUUCCGCCCAUUCCCUCGGAACGCACCGCUGCGGAGCCCCAGAGCCCGGCCCGGGAAAAGCCGCACAAGGCCCAUGUGGGCGUGGCGCACCGGAUCCACCAUGUCACCCCGCCCCAGGUUCAGCCCGAAGUGGAGACCCUCGCGGUGGAUCAGGUGAAUGGGAGCAAAGUGGUCCGGAAGCACUCGGGCACCGAUAGAACUGUUUAAGCAAACUGUUCCGGGGGUGGCUCUGUUAUGCACUGUGAUCACACGUAGGGGUACUUGCACCUGCAGUCAUUUUUCUCCCCCCUCAAAGCCCCCCCCCCAUGCAUGCCAAAUUCUCUAUCACUAGAAUAACCUUCUUCAACGGAACCCCAAUAUGACUGUGUUCAUAUUGCAGAGUAUCUACUUAAUGAAAUGCUGUGGCCAAACUCAGGUGUCUGCCUGACUGCUUGCUUCCAACGCUCCUUCAUUUACUCAAGUGUGUACCUUCUUGUGGGCAAAGGCCCAAGCAACAGGCGCUAUUCCGAAUCAGUAGUAAUGAAGGAAUCAAUUAGCCUCCUCAUGGUAGCCUUGCAGCACUUGUGUAUCGGCUGUUAAUGGUUCAAGACUUCCCUCUAUUUAUCGCUUCACAGUCAUGAGAAAUUCCUCUUUGGGGACAGGGGGUGUUGUUGACCACCCCGCAGAUGUCUGUGUGUGAAGGAAGAGUAGCCGAAUGAGGCCGCUCACCCCCUGCGAGAAAAAAAAAUCCACCUUGUUUUGAUCCCCGUGUUCAUAUUUUCUGUUAUGAUUUUAUUUAGAACUACUAAAAUCCCAACAAACUCUA